AAGACGCUUGCCAGCCACUCGAGCUGAGCUGUUCCUCUACGUUUGAACAGCUCCCCGACCAUCGGACUCUGGUCUUCACAAAUCUGCCAUAAGGGUUAGUAUGUCCAUGUUUGAGCGCAUUUAUUGGCGAACCAGCUGCGCCGGCUGUUUUAGAGGCCUCCAUCUGCUUCCUGCUGCCUGGAGGAGGCUAGCGAUUACCGGACCAUGAGUGAGAGUGGAGCAGUGCUUGAGGGUGGUGAGACUUCAGUCCAGGGUCCCUGCCGGGCUUCGGGCCGCUGCCGCUAUCACAGGAAGAACUGGCGCAGUCCCAACCCUCAGCCGCUGGACAGAUACAAGUGGAGCACAUCUUCCCCUCCUCACCUGCGGCAGUUCAGCACGCUCACAAAACCAGCGCACAGGAGCCAGGAUCAGCCUCACGGUGCCAGCCCGGCGAAGCCCGGCUCCCUGCGUAGGAUCGUCCCCUACCUCCGGUCAGUGUCUGAGCCUGGAGCCAGCGGCAACAGCCAUGAGAGGAGAGCCCUCCGCAAGGCGGGAUCAGACGCCGUGGAGAGAGCAUCCUCCAUCAGCAGCUUCAUCAGCUCGCUGUCUCGAAGGUUCAUCAGAGUCCUGAGGGACGAAGCGGACGCUGAAGACCGAGAGCCCGAUGUUAAGGGUCCUCCGGCUCACCGGUUAUCCUGCGGUCAGAGUCCGUACACAGACAGUGGCGCCUGGGAGAGGAAGUUCUGCAUCCUGACUGACAGCCAGCUCAUUCUGCUUAACAAGGAUGACGAGGCUGCAGGUGAGGCUCAGGAAAGCCCCACAGACUCGCAGAAGGGCCGAAGCCUGCGCAGGACCGUCAGCGUUCCCUCCGAGGGACAGUUCCCCGAGUUUCAGGCAGCAGAGGGCGCUGCAGUACUAGAAGUGUCUUCGGAGCGUUCUCCGAGGAGGAGGAGUAUUUCUGGCCUCGGGAGUUCAGAGAAGAGCGUUACAGUCGACAAUCCAAACUCGUCUCCCUUCAAAGUGCCGGGGUUCUUCAGCAAACGGCUCAAAGGCUCCAUCAAGAGGACAAAGAGUCAAACCAAACUCGACAGAAACACCAGCUUCAGACUCCCCUCGCUCCGGCCUCCUGAUGCCGACAGAUCUCGUGGGCUCCCAAAGCUGAAGGAGUCGACCUCCCAUGAGUCUUUGCUGAGUCCUGGCAGUGCAGUGGAGGCUCUGGACCUGAGCAUGGAGGAGGACGUGUUCAUCAAGCCUCUGCACAGCAGUAUUCUUGGACAGGAGUUCUGCUUCGAGGUGACGUACUCCGGCGGCAGCAAGUGUUUCAGCUGCACGUCGGCCUCCGAGAGAGACAAGUGGAUGGAGAACCUGAGGAGGACGAUUCAGCCCAACAAGGACAACUGUCGGCGAGCCGAGAACCUGCUGCGACUGUGGAUCAUCGAAGCCAAAGACCUUCCGCCCAAGAAGAAAUACUUCUGCGAGCUGUGUCUGGACGACGUCCUCUACGCCCGGACCACCAGCAAGACCCGCCACGACAGCCUGUUCUGGGGCGAGUACUUCGACUUCUCCAGCCUGCCCGCCAUGCGCAGCGUCACCGUGCACAUCUACCGCGACGUGGACAAGAAGAAGAAGAAGGACAAGAACAACUACGUGGGCCUGGUCAACAUCCCGGUGUCGGGCGUGACGGGCCGGCAGUUCGUGGAGAAGUGGUACCCGGUGAGCACGCCCACCACCAGCAAGGGCAAGGGCGGCGGCCCGUCCAUCCGCAUCAAGUCCCGCUUCCAGACCAUCUCCAUCCUGCCCAUGGAGCAGUACAAGGAGUUCGCAGAGUUCGUCACCAACAACUACACCAUGCUGUGCUCGGUGCUGGAGCCCGUCAUCAGCGUCAAAAACAAGGAGGAGAUGGCGUGCGCGCUGGUGCACAUCCUGCAGAGCACCGGCAGGGCCAAGGACUUCCUAACGGACCUGGUCAUGUCCGAGGUGGAUCGCUGCGCCGACCACGACGUCCUGAUCUUCAGGGAGAACACGCUGGCCACCAAGGCCAUCGAGGAGUACCUGAAGCUGGUGGGGCAGAAAUACCUGCACGAUGCACUUGGCGAAUUCAUCAAAGCUCUGUACGAGUCGGAUGAGAACUGCGAGGUGGAUCCCAGCCGCUGCUCCGGCGGCGACCUGCCGGAGCACCAGAGCAACCUGAAGAUGUGCUGCGAGCUGGCCUUCUGCAAGAUCAUCAACUCCUACUGCGUGUUUCCCCGGGAGCUGAAGGAGGUGUUUGCGUCGUGGAAGCAGCAGUGCGUGGCGCGCGGCCACCAGCAGGACAUCAGCAAGCGCCUGAUCAGCGCCUCGCUCUUCCUGCGCUUCCUCUGCCCCGCCAUCAUGUCGCCGUCGCUCUUCAGCCUGAUGCAGGAGUACCCCGACGACCGCACGUCCCGGACGCUCACGCUCAUCGCCAAGGUCAUCCAGAACCUCGCCAACUUCACAAAGUUCGGGAACAAGGAGGAGUACAUGGCCUUCAUGAACGACUUCCUGGAGCACGAGUGGGCCGGAAUGAUGCGCUUCCUGUCGGAGAUCUCCAACCCGGAGACGCUGUCCAACACGCCGGGCUUCGAGGGCUACAUCGACCUCGGCCGCGAGCUGUCGGUGCUGCACGGCCUGCUGUGGGAGGUGGUGUCUCAGCUCGACAAGGGUGAAAAUUCCUUCCUGCAGGCCACCGUAGCGAAGCUGGGCCCGCUGCCGAGGAUUCUGGGAGACAUCUCCCGCUGCCUGGCCGCUCCGACGCCGGUGCAGCAGCAGCUGCGGCGCUUCCAGGAUCAUAGCUCCGCCCACAACAUCAGCGGCAGCAUGUCGUCGGGAUUACAGCGAAUCUUCGAGGACCCCGCCGACAGCCGCAGCGACGUCCGCAGCCUGCAGUCGCCGGUCGGCGAGCUCAUGGAGGGCUACGGUCGAGGGCAGCGCCCCCUGCUGGCCCAGCAGCAUCCCUCCGUCCGCAGCAGCUUCUCGGACCCGGAGGAGCGAGACGCCCUGCUGCCGAACGGCCGCAGCAUCUCCCUGGUGGACCUGCAGGAGGCGCAGCACCCGCACGGCCCGGCGCCGCCGCCGCCGCACCACGAGGCCCCGCCCCGCCUGGGCCGGGCGGGCUCCCAGGCCUCCGUCGGACACGGCCCGCCCCCGCCGACCUUCCCCCACUCCAACCCCGUCACGCCGCAGCCGGCGCCGCACCAGGCCAGGGCGGCGGCGCGGGAUGCGCAGCCGCAGAGCGCGCCGCAGGCGCGGCGGCCGCUGCACCCGUCGCUCGGCCAGCAGCGCAGCCUGCAGCCGCUGUCCUUCCAGAACCCCGUCUACCACCUGAGCAACCCCGCCCAGCGCCCUGCCCACUCGCCGCGCCGGGACUCCAGCUCGGAGAACCUGAGCACCGAGAGCUCGCACAACAGCCACAGCAACUCCGACGACUUCGGCAGCCAGGCGGGGGUCAAAGGUCGCGCGGCCUCCAACAGCAGCCUGGACGAGCUGGGCAGCCGGCGGAGCACCCAGAGCGAGGACUGCUCCACGCCGCGCCGCCGCGCCCCGCCCGACCUGCCGCCCGGCGCCGCCACGGCCGUCGCCGUCCCGCGCCAGAGCAGCACGGCGGGCACCGCCCACAUCGUGAAGGUGGAGCAGCAGAGCCGGGGAGGGGGCGGGGCCCGGACGCCGCGCUCCCACCCGCACAGCGCGUCGCUCCGGAGCAGCAGCAGCGCCAACACCGAGCCCACGCCCACGGCGGCGCACGCCAGCCGCCAGCAGUCCGCCUGCUCCGCGGAGAACAUGGCUCCGCCCCCGAGGAGCGCCGCCGUCAAGCCGCCGCCUCCGGUGGCGUCUCCGGUGGAGGCUGUGGCGAUGUCCCCGGUGGAGCGCACGGCGGCCUGGGUCCUCAACAACGGCCAGUACGACGAGAAGGAGGAGGAGGGGGCGGAGCCGAGCCGGGAGGACGGCCGCAACACCGAGAAGUACGAGACGGAGAUCUCCCGGCUGAAGGAGCGCCUGCGGACGUCCGGCCGCCGCCUGGAGGAGUACGAGCGCCGCCUGCUGGCGCAGGAGCAGCAGAUGCAGAAGCUGCUGCUGGAGUACAAGAACCGGCUGGAGGACAGCGAGGAGCGGCUGAGGAGGCAGCAGGAGGAGAAGGACAGCCAGAUGAAGAGCAUCAUCUGCAGGCUGAUGGCGGUGGAGGAGGAGCUGAAGCGUGACCACGCCGAGAUGCAGGCGGUGAUCGAGGCCAAGCAGAAGAUCAUCGACGCUCAGGUCAGUAACGGAUGUGAAAUAAACCCAUCAGGAGAAGCGGAUCGGCUCUCUGGACGCGGCCAACUCGCGGCUGAUGCUGGCGCUGGCUCAGGUGAAGGAGCGCUACAGCACGCCCAGCCUCCGCAACGGCCUGUCGCCUAGCAACCCCACCAAGCUGUCCAUCACCGAGAACGGCGAGUUCAAGAACAGCAGCUGCUGAUUGGUCCCGCCGGGGCCGGAGGGGGGGCGGGGCUUCAACUAGAUUUAAAUAUGGAGAGUCUAUAAAUGUGUGUGUAAAUACUGAAGUUUGACCUGUUCAGUGUACAGAGUGUGUGUGUGGCUGAGAGAGAGUGUGUGUGUGUGUGUGCGCGCGUGCGCUGCGUCAUAGAAGCACAGUGAGGAAAAAAACCAAAAACAGAAAUUUACAUUUUCUAAUAGAAUUUUUUAUGGAUUUUAUUUGAAGCUUCUGGUUUUUAUUGAUUUCCUUUUGAGUGGAUUUUUUUUUGUUUUUUUGUUUUGCUGUUUCCGGUUUUUUUUUUUUUUAACCUGAUAACUCGUUUUCGGGUUUUAAUUUAUUCCUCCCCGUCGUGUUGCUGAUCUACUGAACAGACUCCUGGAGGAUCCGUCUGCUGUCACAAGUUCAAAUAAAAGCUGCCUGAAAGUC